AGUGGUUGUCGGGUCGGUCUGGUCGUUUUUGAAUUUUCUCGUCCUGUAAGCGCCGAUAUGAAGUUACCAGUUGAACACCGCGCUCCCGCUGACCUUAUCCGAUGCUCCUCCCCCGACGUAUGGCUUUGUUUAUCGACCCAGCCGAGCUGCCAAGCUAGGUAUUGAGCUUCGUUCGUUGGUUGACCCCAUUCAGUGCGUGCGACAAAAACCAACAUCGCGGUAAGUAGAGCUUGUGAUCGCUGCGAGACCGGAGCUGAGCGACGUGGGCAGUUAGCCAGCCGUCCGGUAGCUGGAGGACGUUCCGAGAAAAAGCCCGGACCGUGCUACGGCCCGAUGUGGUGGGCGAGCUUCUUGCUGUACUCCGGGGUGUCCUCGAGGCCUUAUCUUGCCCUAGGCAGAGUACGUAGCGCGCUGUCCGAUUCUUGGUUAAUGUAUGUACACUAUGAGUCCCUGGUCGCCCGUUUAUCGGCACUAGUUCAAUCAAAUCGGCGACAGCUUGAUCAUGGGGGGAAACAAAAUGCGACUGGUGGAUACCUCGCCUUCCCCCGCCUCCCUCCCGAUGCGAGGCCGCGUCUGCCGUCCGGGACCCUAUCUCUGAUAAGGACUCCGGAUCGGGCCCAAGCUGCGGUUAGCGUACCUGCAGCAUCGCGAUCCGCACUGCAAACCUCCCGUCUAGAGAGCAUGUUAAAAAGGGUUCGGCGGGGGUCUGUCCACCCAGCCCCCACCUACCGUGGUGCCAGGCAGGGUUUGGCUGGCGUGCGAGUCUCGCUCAGUUGGCGAUGCAUAUUUGCUGCAGGGACUCCCGAAUCCCAAUGCCUCGAAAACCCGCCCUUACCCGCCCCGGAACGCGGCUGCUGAUACCCUGAGGACUGAUAAGAACACAACAAAAGCUGUUAAGUCGGCUGGUGCAGUCGGUGGCACGCCACAACGUGCAGAGUCGUAAGACGGACCUCUCAACGGGA